GCCCUCUGGCCGUCGGAGGCGCCACUGGCUCGCCGGCAGGAAGAGAGGGCACAUCUCCAACUCCGUGACGGCGACGGCGACGGCGAGGGGAGGAGGAGAUGAAGCUGAAGCAGCUGGAGGGCCUCCUGGGGGGCCUGACCCAGUUCUCCGACCCCAAGGUGGAGCUGGAGCAGUACGCGACGGGCCCCCACAUCGCGUCGAGGAUGCUCUACACGGCUGAGAACAGCUUCGAUGACAUAGCUGGUAAAGUGGUGGCUGAUUUUGGGUGCGGCUGUGGUACCCUGGCUGUCGCGAGUGCUCUGCUGGAUGCCGAGCAUGUCGCUGGUAUUGAUAUUGACCUCCAGUCCCUUGAACUUGCUCAAGAAAAUGCUACUGAUCUGGAGCUGGAUAUCGACUUAAUUCAGUGUGACAUAAAGAACUUAAAUUUAAAAGGCCUUCUUGUCGACACUGUUGUCAUGAAUCCUCCCUUUGGGACAAAGCGAAAAGGAGCUGACAUGGAAUUCCUUUCUAUGGGCUUGAAGGUUGCAUCUCAAGCUGUCUAUUCUCUGCACAAGACUUCUACGAGAGAAUACAUCAAGAAGGCAGCCCUGCGAAAUUGCAACGCAAUCAGUGCUGAAGUUCUGUGUGAGGUUAUUCUGAAUUCGGGAUUCUGGGCCGAAACCAUGUCUUUUGCUUCACACCUGCUGUGCUGUGGUUCCACAAGCAAAAGGAGCUCGAUAUCGCAGUCGAUCUGUGGCGCUUUGUCCCACAAGCUCGAGACGAAAGGGAAAGCUAGCAGCCUAGCAUGACGCGGCAACAUGACGAGAUCAUGAUAUCACGCUCGUUGAACCACCACAGGGCUGGACUUGCUAGAAGAAGAAAACACAUGGGCGAUUUACGCACUUUUAUCCCCUUGUAAGCGGCAGGCAAACCCCAGUAGUUUAGCAGCCAUACCCACCCUGGGCAAUAAUAGAACUUUCCAGUACAUUGCCAGGCAGGAUUGGUGCUCUCUCUGUACCAGCACUUCUUCAGUUUUUUCCUUGUUUUAUACUAGUAUCAGGGAAAACAGCGUCUUGGAACAAAAUUCAGAGUUAAGUCGGUGAGCAUAGCGAGUUAUUCUCUUCAAAGUGGAAUUUUUUGCUGCGAGUAA